ACCUUUUACAAGAUGAAGAAAUUCUUGAAUAAAGCAAAAGACUCGUAUAAAGAGUUUCAAGAUCAUACGAGUAGCGGGGUUGGAAGUGGAGGGGGAGGGCCGGCUUCUCAACAACCUGUGGCGCAACAACCGAAUCAGCCGGUUGAUUUGGGACCACCGGCUUCGAUUGAUGUGUUGAGGUAUAGAUAUCAUCAUGGAACGAAUUUAGGUUCUAUUUUCGUCCUCGAAAAAUGGCUCCACGGCUCCAUGUUCCCCGCGUCCUCCAAAGGCGGCUCCGAACUCGACGCCGCCACCGCCAGCCUCUCAGAGCUAGGCCUCGACGCCGCGCGCUCCAAAUUCGAGCAGCACUGGGCGAACGCAGUCUCGGAUUCUGAUUUCGCGUGGCUGGUCAACGAGGCGAAAUGCACGAGCAUUAGACUGCCCAUUGGGUACUUCACGCUCGGCCCGGAGUACUGCAAGGGCACGCCGUUCGAGAAGGUCAGCGGCGUGUACGCGAACGCGUGGGCGGCAGUGCGGACCUUGGUCGCGCGGGCCAGGAGCCACGGUAUCGGGGUGCUGAUCGAUCUCCAUGCGCUGCCGGGCGGGGCGAACGGGGAUGCGCAUUCGGGGUCCGGCACGGGGAAGGCGGAGUUCUGGGGGUCGCGGGGGAAUGUGGCGCUGGUAAAGAAGGUGCUGGGUGCGAUUGCAGGUGAGGUGAGGGGGGGAAUGGACGGCGUGGUUGGGAUCCAGGUUGUGAAUGAAGCGGUGUGGGGAGCGAAGCACAUGUAUGAGUUUUACGAGCAGGCGCUGGAGACGAUUGGGAGUGUGGAUGCGAGGAUCCCGGUUUAUAUUAGCGAUGCGUGGGAUUUGGAGAAGGCGCUGAAGUGGUGUAAUGGGCGGAAGAGAGGGGGAUGCCCGGUGGUGGUUGAUACGCAUAAGUAUUAUACUUUCAGUGACAAGGAUAGGGCGCAGGCUCCGCAGGAGAUUAUUGCGAGGAUUGGAGGCGAGUUGAAACAGUUGGAUGGGAAGGUGGGGAAUUUGUGUGAUAGAGGUGAAGUUCAGGUUGUCGUUGGAGAAUGGAGUUGUGUCCUAGACGGCAAAACCUGGUCCCGCGUCUCUCCCCAAGAAAAAGGCAACCUCGUAACGCAAUUCGGCCGUGCCCAAAGCGCCGUCUGGCAGCAACGAGCCGGUGGGUCUUAUUUCUGGACCUACAAAAUGGACUGGAUGGACGGCGGAGAAUGGGGAUUCGCCGAGCAGACCAAAAAAGGCAAUAUCCCCCCUCCCGCGUACCUCUGUCUCCCAGCCCACGAAGUCCGCAAUAGACUCCAAAGCGCGAGCGAGAGACGCAAGGAGUUGGGCGAUGGCGCGAAGCGCGGACAUGAGGGGUAUUGGGACGGGCAGAGUCCGGGACAGAAAUUCGAGCAUUGGCGGUAUGGGGAGGGGUGGGAGCUGGGAUAUAGUGAUGCGAUGAAGUUUUUUGCGUUUAGGGGGGACGAGGGAGGGGAGGGGGGUGAUCGGAUUGGGUGUUUGGAGAUUUGGAUCAGGAGGCGGUUGGGGGAGAGUGGGCAGAUUGGGGGGGGCGUUUGCGUGGGAGUGGGAGCAGGGGUUUCGGGCUGGGGUGAGGGCUUUUGA